GUCACGGGAAGAAGGUGGCCGUGGUGCAGAACGAGUUCGGCAGCGUCUCCGUGGACGACAAGCUGAUGCUCGUGGAGAAGAGCGACACCGAGCUGGUGGUCAUGCCGAACGGCUGUCUCUGCUGCCGCGUGCGCGGCGACCUGGUGGAGGCGCUGCGGCGGCUGGCGGCCAAGCACGCGGAGAGGGCCGGGGCGGGGGGGCCGGAAUCGGAGCCGCUGGACGCGCUGGUGAUCGAGUGCUCGGGCCUCUCGGAG